CUUGUGCCCAGGAUUGAAGUAUCUUCCUUAGAGGAUGGCCUUUCGAUUUGAUUUUACUAUAGAAAACUUUGUGGAAAAUCAGUUGACACCCCCUGCAGAUGAAGCUUUGACCCUGGAUUCCUUCAAAAACUCUUCAGUAUCAGAAAGCCAAAAGGAUAAAGAGAGGGACGGAAAGUGUCCUACUGAGCCUCAGGGUCACCCCUGGGCACACGAGCUGGUGAUAAAUGUGCCAUCUUCUAAAGAUUUAGACCCAAUAUGCAGUGUCAGCAAAAGCCUCAGCAACUUGGAACCACAUGAAGAACAGACGGCCUCAAGAGUUGCCAAAGAGCAUCCUAUGCCUAACAAUCUCAAAAAAAUUUUUGAGAAUAAAGUCCUAGAAACCUUACCCAGCCUUCAGGAAGUUGGAAUAUCUGUGGUGAAAACCGCGUUUUUGACAGAGAACUCCCCAGGAGAAAACAUCAUCUCAAAGAGCUUUUCUGCUCACUCUGAUCUGAUUAUGGGCGUGUAUGAAGGAGGCUUGAAAAUCUGGGAGUGCACUUUUGACCUUUUGGCUUACUUCUCUGAGUCCUCAGUGCCAUUUGCUGGGCAAAAGGUGUUGGAUCUAGGCUGUGGAUCUGGGUUGCUGGGAAUAAUUGCGCUCCAGAGAGGGGCCCGAGAAAUUCAUUUUCAGGACUAUAACAGCACCGUGAUAGAGGAAGUGACCAUGCCUAAUGUAGUAGCCAAUGCCAUUCUGGAAGACAAAGACAGAAACCUGGGGGAAAUGGGAAUGAUAAGACAUAGGGCUUCCCACCAAACCCCCAAACCGGGUCAGUGCCGUUUCUUCUCUGGAGAGUGGUCUGAGUUCUGUAAACUCGUCCUCAGCAGUGAAAAACCCUUUGAAAAGUAUGAUCUCAUUCUUACAUCUGAAACUAUAUACAAUCCAGAUUACUAUGAGGCUUUGCACCAGACCCUACAGAAGUUGUUGGCUAGGAAAGGGCGGGUGCUUUUGGCCAGCAAAGUACAUUACUUUGGUGUCGGUGGAGGUGUCCAUCUGUUUGAAAGGUUUCUGGAAGAACAGAAUGUUUUUGAGACUAGAAUACUCAAAACAGUGAAUGAAGGGCUGCAGAGACUCAUCAUUGAAAUGAUGUUCAAGGACCCCAAUUGAGGGCCACUGAAUGACCCACAGGAAGUAAAUAAGUAUGUCCCCAAA